AUGUUAACAAGAAUAGCUAACUUACCUCCGUGAGCAAACAAAACCUUUGAAAAAAUCCCUAUUUUUUGCCCAAAAGCCCACUCUCUAUGAGCGAACCAAAAUUUGUUUUAAUAUACAAUUUUGAUAUAUAAGUGAUAAUUAGUAAAUGAAAUUUCUAGCUAAUUCUCUGUUAAAUUUUAAAACAUAAAUUUUACAAAUUAAAUUAAUAUUUGAUUUCCAAUCACUCCGAACUGGGAUAUUUUUAAAUUUCCAAAAAAUAUUUUAAUAGAAAAUUUAUAUAUAAUUUUUAAAAAAAAUAUUUAUCCCCCCGUGAUCGAACCAAAUUUUUUUUGUUUACUCACGGAAGCAGGAUUAAGAGGCUCACUCUAAUAUCACGAAGCCUCUCAGAAGUAGAUCGAGCAAAAAUAGCAAGGCCGCCUGCAGAAAAUGAAGAUACUUUAUUUGGCAAGAUUGCCAGAAAGGAAAUUCCUGCCAAUAUAGUCUAUGAAGAUGAUAAAGUGUUAGCAUUUAGAGAUAUAAGCCCAGCAGCUCCUACUCAUAUUUUAUUAAUUCCAAAAGUAAGAGAUAGCUUAACAAGGCUUAACCAAAUUCAAGAAAAGCAUAAAGAUAUACUUGGGCAUAUGAUGUGGGCUGCUGCUGAAAUUGCAAGAAACGAAAAGCUUGAAGAAGGAUGGAGACUAGUUAUCAACGACGGUCCAUUAGCUUGUCAAUCAAUUUACCACCUUCAUUUUCAUAUAAUUGGCGGAAGACAAUUAGGCUGGCCUCCAGGAUAA